AAGCCGGAAGCGGCGCGGCGGAAGCGGGUCCCGGCUGGCGGGGGUCGGCAGGUGAUACUGGGCGGCGCAGAGCCAUCUUACCCGGCCGGGGAGGGGAGUCCGGCCGCUGCCUGCGCCAGGAGACGAGCCGGGCUGCGGGGAAGCUGGGGCCAUGGGGCGCUAGAGACCGGCACCCCGGAGCCGCGCGGUCCCAGCCCCGGGAGGCGGCGGCAGCAGCUCCCGGUCCGCGUCCGUCAGCCGCUGGAGCGGCGUCCCCGCACUUGCCCGCCGGCCCCAUGGGGGAAGAGACGCUGCCAGCGCUCUGGUAGCCACCCCCAGGACACCGCUUCCUCUCCCCCCUCCACCGAGCCUCCCAUCCAACACCUCCUGGGCAGCCCCCCCCGACACUGACCCCUGGGGGCACCGGUCCCUCCCCGGGCACUGACCACGGGUCCCACUGCUUUCCUCCCUCCGCCCCCGGGACCGACCGCAGCGACACGGCUCCCUUCCUCCACCAGGCACCGAGCCCUGGGACACUGACCCGGGCACCGCUCCUCCCCAGAGCCCUCCAACCUUCCCCUGCCCAGGGCGCUGCUUUUCCCUUCGCUCUUCCUGCUACCCCUGGGGCUGCUUCACCCGCGACUUGCCUCCUGCCUCCCAGGCAGUGCGUGAGGACCACCCCCCCAUCCCGACCCCUCACGAGAACAGGGGAGGUUUUACAACCAUUCAAACACAGGAAGUGUCCCACCUCCAGCCCCCCACUACCUUUUUUUGUGAAGGGGAGAAAGCAGAUUUUUUGUUUGUUUUUUGCACUUGUAGUGAGAGAAAAGCACAACCUCAGGGAGACCUGACUCUAUAGAGAAACUUAAGAAACAAACAACCCCCUUUCCCCCAUCAGACUCUCCAGGUCACUUGCAGCUGAAACCUUCAGACUUUCCUGUGUCUGUCAGACACACGCCUGUGUCAGGGCUGGAAGCAUCAUUCAACAGACUAACCAAGUCCUAGGGUUUAAGUAUGUUUUGUGGACAUAAAAGUUUUUAAACUUUUUAAAGAACUUGGUAUCUUUGAGAUUUUUACAAGUGUCCCUUAUUUUAUGUCACUUUUCUGCUCUCCCCGCUUGAGACAGCUGUUGCUCUGUUUUUUCCCUGGUGUUGUAGUAUGGGGACCUGAGUGGAGCUGGACUUUUAAUUAUCGAUAAAAGUUGUCCUGGAGUCACGUUCAUCCGUCUGUCUGAGUGAUCAAAUCUGUCCCUUUUCUUCUUCGUGUCUAUUGGAUGUGAUGGAACUCAUGUUUGCAGAGUGGGAGGACGGGGAAAGGUUUUCGUUUGAAGACUCUGACCGCUUUGAGGAAGACUCUCUUUGUUCCUUCAUCUCUGAGGCAGAGAGCCUUUGCCAGAACUGGAGAGGAUGGAGGAAGCAAUCAGCUGGACCCAAUUCCCCCACUGUCAAAAUGAAAGAUGGUUUGGUGAUUCCACUGGUGGAACUCUCUGCGAAGCAGGUGGCAUUUCACAUUCCAUUCGAGGUAGUGGAGAAAGUCUACCCCCCCGUACCUGAACAGCUGCAGCUUCGGAUCGCCUUCUGGAGCUUCCCAGAGAACGAGGAGGACAUCAGGUUGUACUCCUGCCUGGCGAAUGGCAGUGCAGAUGAGUUCCAGCGGGGGGAGCAGCUGUUCCGGAUGCGAGCUGUCAAAGACCCUCUUCAGAUAGGUUUCCACCUGAGUGCCACUGUGGUACCUCCGCAGAUGGUGCCACCAAAAGGUGCAUACAACGUGGCAGUGAUGUUUGAUCGAUGCAGGAUCACCUCAUGCAGCUGUACCUGUGGAGCUGGGGCCAAGUGGUGUGCCCAUGUCGUGGCCCUCUGUCUCUUCCGGAUACACAAUGCAUCUGCAGUAUGCUUGCGAGCACCUGUUUCAGAGUCCUUGUCUCGGCUGCAGAGAGAUCAGCUACAGAAAUUUGCUCAGUACCUGAUCAGUGAACUCCCACAACAGAUUCUUCCUACUGCUCAGCGCCUACUGGAUGAGCUGUUAUCGUCUCAAUCCACUGCCAUCAACACAGUGUGUGGAGCCCCAGAUCCCACUGCUGGUCCCUCAGCCUCAGACCAAAGCACCUGGUACCUGGAUGAAUCUACUUUAAGUGACAACAUAAAGAAAACCCUUCACAAAUUCUGUGGGCCCUCUCCUGUUGUCUUCAGUGAUGUGAACUCUAUGUACCUCUCCUCCACGGAGCCACCAGCCGCUGCCGAGUGGGCAUGUCUCCUGCGUCCCCUGAGAGGGAGAGAGCCUGAGGGGAUCUGGAACCUGCUCUCUAUUGUUCGGGAGAUGUUCAAGAGAAGAGACAGCAAUGCAGCCCCUCUGCUGGAGAUCCUGACUGACCAGUGUCUGACCUAUGAGCAGAUAACGGGUUGGUGGUACAGCGUGCGAACAUCUGCGUCCCACAGCAGCGCUAGCGGGCACACCGGCCGCAGUAAUGGUCAGUCAGAAGUGGCUGCCCAUGCCUGUGCCAGCAUGUGUGAUGAGAUGGUGGUUCUCUGGAGGCUGGCUGUCCUAGACCCAACCAUCAGCCCACAGAGGCGCAGGGACCUUUGCACCCAGCUCAGACAGUGGCAGCUGAAAGUCAUAGACAAUGUCAAGAGGGGGCAGCACAAGAAAUCCCUGGAGAAGCUCUUCCAAGGUUUCAAGCCAGCUGUGGAAGCCUGUUACUUCAACUGGGAGGAGGCCUAUCCCAUCCCUGGCAUCACCUACAGCAGCACUGAUAAGAAGAAUUCGUUCUGUUGGGUAAAGGCUGUCCAGCAGAGGAACUGUCGGUUGCAGUGUGUGGAAACCACGUGUGAGGCUGGCAGAGGCCAUGGGCAGGAACCUGGGGGAACCUGUCUGCAGCCAGGGGACAGGUCACGCCCCUCUUCGCAAGAGCCAGCUGUCCGUCCUAAGGAACUCAUUGGGAAGCGGAAAGUUGUCUCUGAAGCCCCCCAGAGGGCUCUGCGCCGACUUUCAGCGGAAGGAGAUAAGGCUGUUUAUAAGACAGCAGUAGGCAAGGCCAAGCUGCCGGUGGGGAAAAGCUUAGCCAGUAAACAUAGUGGGAAACGCCGCAUGAGCAGUGAAGACAGCUCUCUGGAACCAGACUUGGCAGAGAUGAGCCUGGAUGACAGCAGCUUGGCUCUGGGGGCGGAGGCCAGUAACACCUUCAGUUUCACGGAGAGCCCCCUGAGUAGGAGCUACAGGGACACUUUUGAAGAUGACGGUGGCGUGUACUUCUCGGAGGGUCCUGAGCCCAGCGUCAGGAGCAAUCCCGCUGCCAAGAAAGCUCCAAAGGAUCCCGUGGAAGAAGUGGGCAGCGGAGAUGACGAUCUGCCUUCUGCAGAUGAGAACGGUGCAAGCCGGAAGCCAGAAGAGGUGGCCAAGGAGGAGGAGGACAAAGCAGAGGGGGGGAAUGAAGAGGAGCAGGACAUCUUUGCUGGUAUAAAGCCCCUGGAGCAGGAGAACAGGAUGGAGAUCCUCUUUGCCUGUGCAGAGGCUCUCUAUGCACACGGAUACAGUAAUGAAGCAUGCCGUCUGACUGUAGAACUGGCCAGGGACCUACUGGCCAACCCUCCAGAUCUCAAGGUGGAGCAGCCCCCAACCAAGGGGAAGAAGAACAAGGUGUCGACCAGCAAGCAGACGUGGAUGGCAACCAACACCCUGUCCAAAGCUGCUUUCCUGCUGACUGUGCUGAGUGAGAGGCUGGAAUACCACAACUUGGCCUUCCGCAUUGGCAUGUUUGCCUUGGAGCUACAGAGGCCUCCUGCCUCUACCAAGGCCCUGGAGGUGAAGCUGGCAUACCAGGAAUCUGAGAUUGUGGCCUUGUUAAAGAAGAUCCCUUUGGGCACUAAUGAGAUGAACACCAUUCGAGGAAGGGCUGAAGAGCUGAGAGAAGGGACCUUGUGUGAUUAUCGCCCUGUCCUGCCUCUCAUGCUGGCCAGCUUCAUAUUUGAUGUCCUAUGCACUCCAGUGGUUUCUCCGACAGGGUCCAGGCCCCCAAGCCGUAAUUGGAAUAAUGAAAUGCCUGGCGAUGAGGAACUUGGUUUUGAAGCAGCUGUUGCUGCUCUUGGCAUGAAGACGACUGUGAGUGAAGCAGAGCACCCUCUUCUGUGCGAAGGAACCCGAAGAGAGAAGGGUGAUCUGGCUCUAGCUCUGAUGAUCACAUACAAAGAUGACCAGUCUAAACUGAAAAAGAUUUUAGACAAACUGCUAGACAGAGAGAGCCAAACACACAAGCCACAGACUCUGAGUUCCUUCUACUCAUCCAGCAAGCCCACAGUAGCCAAUCAGAAAUCUCCUUCCAAACAUGCUGCCCAAUCCACCACAGCUAUCCAGCAGCUUCCAGGGACGUCAGUCACUCAGCAAGCAGGUGUAACCACUGCAGUCCAGAGCAGUCCUUCUGAAAGCUUUGUGGAGAAGAGUGCACAGGAGAGCUCUCAGAGGUCUCCUUGCGAGCCGCCUGGGGAGUCCAGUGUCGUGAAACAGGAGGGGAAGGUUCCCAGUCGUCUGGCCCUUGGAAGUCGAGGUGGAUACAAUGGGAGAUGCUGGGGCUCACCUGUCAGGCAGAAGAAGAAACACACAGGUAUGGCCAGUAUUGACAGCAGUGCUCCCGAAACCACCUCUGACAGCUCUCCAACCCUCAGUCGGCGGCCCCUUCGUGGGGGAUGGGCAGCCACCUCCUGGGGCAGAGGACAGGACAGUGACAGCAUCAGCAGCUCAUCCAGUGACUCACUGGGCUCAUCGUCCUCGAGUGGCAGCAGGAGAGCCAGUGGUGGAGCACGUGCAAAGACUGUGGAAGUUGGCAGGUAUAAAGGGAGGCGGCCGGAAAGCCAUGCACCUCACGUCCCAAACCAACCCUCAGAAGCAGCUGCUCACUUCUACUUUGAACUGGCCAAGACAGUUCUUAUCAAGGCGGGUGGAAACAGCAGUACCUCCAUCUUCACUCAUCCCUCCUCCAGCGGUGGGCACCAGGGGCCCCACCGCAACCUCCAUCUCUGCGCCUUCGAGAUUGGGCUCUAUGCACUAGGGCUGCACAACUUUGUGUCUCCCAACUGGCUCUCUCGAACCUACUCCUCCCACGUCUCUUGGAUCACAGGGCAGGCCAUGGAGAUUGGCAGCGCAGCCUUGAACAUUCUGGUGGAGUGUUGGGAUGGACACUUGACUCCUCCGGAAGUGGCAUCAUUGGCAGACAGGGCUUCAAGGGCCAGGGACUCCAACAUGGUGCGAGCAGCUGCUGAACUGGCACUCAGCUGCCUGCCCCAUGCCCAUGCCCUGAACCCAAAUGAGAUCCAGAGGGCCCUGGUGCAGUGCAAGGAGCAGGAUAACCUGAUGCUGGAGAAGGCCUGCAUGGCCGUGGAAGAGGCAGCCAAAGGAGGUGGGGUCUACCCAGAAGUCUUGUUUGAAGUGGCACACCAGUGGUACUGGCUGUAUGAACAGACUGUUGGUGGGACCCCGGCGCAGAGAGAAGGAGCUACUGGUUGCAGCGCCAGUGGUGCCCGGGCAGGCUCUGAAGCAGUGCGUGGAUUGACAGACAGCAGGGUGACUGCUGAGCCCACCACUGUGACAGUGGCAGCUGCAGUGACAGCAGCAGCCACAGUAGUGCCAGUGAUCUCUGUGGGGUCAACUAUCUACCAGCAGCAUACGAUGGCCGGGCCGGCAAUGGCACAUGCACACACCCAGGGCCUGCACCCCUACACUACUCUCCAGACCCAUAUACCCUGUAACCCUCAGUAUAUUGGACACCCAAUCCAGCACAUGCCACGCCCAGCAGUCUUCCCUGUGCCUGGCUCAGCGUACCCCCAGGGUAUCCACCCAGCAUUCAUAGGAGCACAGUAUCCCUAUUCUGUAACAACACCAUCUCUGGCAGCUACAGCAGUGUCGUUUCCCGGUGUGCCCGUCCCAUCCAUGACACAGAUUGCAGUGCACCCGUACCAUGCCGAGACAGGACUGUCACUGUCUUCCAACGUAGCAAUAGGGAGUGUCCAUGCGGGGUCAACAUUCCCAGCAAUUCAGGGGGCUCCCUUGACGGCUCUUUCCUCGCAGCCCAACUCCCUUGUUACAGGGGGCUUUCCUUCAGAGGAUGAACAGCACAGUCAGCCUGUGAGCCCCCAGGGUCUGCACUACCUCCACUCUGCCUACCGAGUUGGGAUGCUGGCACUGGAGAUGCUUGGCCGGAGAGCUCACAACGACCAUCCCAACAACUUCUCCCGCAGCCCGCCCUAUACAGAGGAUGUGAAAUGGCUCCUGGGGUUAGCUGCCAAGCUAGGUGUAAACUAUGUACAUCAGUUCUGCGUUGGCGCAGCCAAGGGGGUGCUGAGCCCUUUUGUGCUGCAGGAGAUCAUCAUGGAAGCACUACAGAGGCUCAACCCUGCCCAUGUCCACAACCACCUGCGCACUCCAGCCUUCCACCAGCUGGUGCAGCGGUGCCAGCAGGCGUACAUGCAGUACAUCCACCACCGGUUGAUCCACCUCACCCCAGCUGACUACGAUGACUUUGUGAAUGCCAUCCGCAGUGCCCGAAGCGCCUUCUGCUUGACUCCCAUGGGCAUGAUGCAGUUCAACGAUAUCCUCCAGAACCUAAAGCGCAGCAAGCAGACCAAGGAGCUGUGGCAAAGGGUCUCUCUGGAAAUGACCACCUUUUCCCCGUGACAGCAGGCAGAACGCUACAGACUUGCAGACCUCCACCCUGGGUAGCUUUAGUUCCAAUCACACCAUCGUUCCUUAUGGUGUCUUUUUUAUUUUAGUUUUAACUUGUUGGAAACCACUGAUCUGAUGUAUUUAUACCGUGACAUUCCUCUCCAGCGCCACCGCAUAGCAGUGCUCAGCUUCACUUGUUCUUCCUCCGACCCCCCGCAAGCCACGGCCUUCGUAAGGGGGGAGGAAAUGAGAAGCAGUUGAGCUGGCUUCCCUGCGGUGUAUCCUUGAUUUCGCCCCGUGCCCCCAAGGCUGUCCCACGAGCGGUUUGCAGUGUGUGUGCACGUGUUUGAGGGCGGGGAGAGUCUGUCUUCAAACAAAUAUUUAUUUUGGCAUUUAUAAAUGUGUAAACUUCUUUUUUUUUUUUUUUUUUUUGUAUGGGCUUCUCUCUCUCUCCACAUGCCAGCUUCUGUCAGGGAGGCUGGGGCCGCGCUCUGCAGAGCUCCCAGGCCAUUCCUCGCAGCACCACCUGCUGAGAGAAGCUGGAGUAGCAGGGAGCUCCUCGCUGCCCAGCCACCUCCACAAUUCCCUGCAUCAGCUUCUGAUGGGAGAGGUUGGGACUUGGAGAGUCGUGCACCGGGACUGUGCUCAGCUGCCUGGAGGCCUGGCUGAGCUGCUGGGGCUCUUUCCCAGGAGUGUUGCUGCCCGGGCACUGCUGGCUCUGUAGGAUGUUCUGAGUUGUACAAUCGUGUUCCUUUGGCUGGGGUAUUACUCUCCUGUAAUCAAUUUCUUAUCCCUGGUCUCUUCUCGUUUCCUGAUUAAACACUCGUUUUCUUAGACUGA